AUUACUAAUUCGUUCCACUAAAAUACAGUUGUCCAAAAGCAACAAUUUCCAAUAAUUGAUUAGAUAAAUCUACAGUAUUAGUAUUAAAAUAUAAAUUUUAAUUUACUGCCACAAAAAACAGUCAAAUAAAUUUUUUUAUUUAUCUUUUUAAUUACCACUAUUAAUAUUAAUAUUUUCAACCUUUUUCUUGCUUAAUUAUUUUAUUACCCUUUAUUAAAAACCUUUCCCAAAUUCCCAUCUUUUCAAAAAGAACCCUCAAAAUAUACAUUAACCCCCAAGUGAAUAAACCCUUCUUCUUCUUGAAUCUCUGGUUUUUUACUAUCCCUUUUCACCUUCAUUCCCACCUCUUUGUCCCCUCUUUUCAAGAGGAGGGACUGAAGGGGUGCCCCAAAAAAUCCAUUUCAAGAUUGCAGGUUGUGGAAGGGAAGGAAGGAAGGAAGCAUCUGGUUUCUGCCAUCAAUCUAGUUUACUCAGGUGAUUUAAUCUAUCAGCUUACUUCUUUUGAUAUGUCUUUUCCGAGCCUAAUCUCUAGCUUAUGAAUCACUUGAACUGAUUGCUUUUAAUCUGUUCUUGGGACAAUUCGUUAUACUUUGAUGCCCUUUUAUAUCUGUUCAUCGGAUGUCGGAGUUCUUAUUUAUGAUGAAUCAAAAUUAACGUUUUGGUGGAUUCGGUGAUAUGGAUCAAAAUUUGAGUUUCGCUAAAAAAGAAAAGCUCUUUAUUAGGAAUGUCUUGUUAUUUUGUUUUCCUCGGCAUUUGAUUUUGGUUGAAGUUUUUUUAGUUUGGUGGAUGGUUUAGGUAAUAAUGGGGAAAAAGAGCAAAAAGAAGCUCAAAACUGGUCACAAGGAAAGAAAGGUUUCCUCUGCUUCACCUAGAGCUGCUCCUCAGCAAAGCAGCACUACUAGCAACAUUGAAGCUACUGAUGAUGUUGCCACUGUUAAGGAUAAACGUACUUGUCCGCAUCUUGAUAAAGGUGUUAAUUUGGAGAAGAUAUCUGCUAAAUUGAAGUCUUCAGAACCCAUUAAAUGUGAAGAUUGUAGGGAAAGUGGGGGACGAGCGGGCAAGGGGAAAGCUGCUAAGCAAGGAAAGAAGAACGGAGGAGGAGAGUCGAGAUCGAACUCUAAAGCAGUUUGGGUUUGUUUCGAUUGCGGUCACUAUUCAUGUGGAGGUGUUGGAUAUCCAGCUCCUCAAACUCAUGCUGCAAGGCAUGCGAGACAGGAGAAGCAUCCUUUGGCUCUCCAGUAUGGAAAACCUCGAAUCCAGUGGUGUUUCCUUUGUGAAAUGUUAAUUCACGUUGAAAAAUCAAAAGACGAGGUUGACCAGAAAGACGUGUUACAUGAAGUUGUAAAGAUGAUGAAAGUCCAGCCAUCUGAUUCCCCUGUAUCAGAUACAGGAGAUGUUUGGUCUGGUAACGCCAGUGUGACCUGUGGUGUGAUAUCAGAAAGCACUUAUACUUUAACUAGAAAAAGUUGUUAUUCCGUUAAAGGUUUGGUUAAUUUGGGUAACACCUGUUUUUUAAAUUCAGUCAUGCAAAACUUACUGGCCUUGAGUAUGUUGCGCGAAUAUUUUUGCAAAUUGGAAGGUUCCUUUGGACCUCUUACCGCUGCUUUGAAGAAGCUCUUUACUGAGACAUACCCGGAAUCAGGCUUGAAAAACGUUGUAAACCCAAGAUCUUUUUUUGGUUCUAUUUGUGCCAAGGCUCCUCAAUUUGGGGGAUACCAGCAGCAGGACAGCCAUGAGUUGCUUCGCUGUUUGCUUGAUGGUUUAUCCACUGAAGAAUUGAGUUCUAGAAAACUGGAUAAGUCUUUCCAAGAAGAUGGAAAAUCAGCUCCUCUAGUUGUGGAUGCCAUCUUUGGUGGUCAGCUCUUAAGUUCUGUUACGUGCUGGGAAUGUAAACACUCUUCAUUGGUCUAUGAGCCAUUUUUAGAUCUCUCGCUUCCAGUUCCAACUAAAAAGCCUCCUUCCAGAAAGCCGCAACAAACUGCAAGAGCCAAAAAGCCAAAAGCACCUCCAAAGAGAAAUUCAAGGAAUCGUCAAAAAAUUUUUAGAGAGACAGAUAAUCAACCUUCCCAGGAUGCUUCUGCGGAUGGGCAAUUGUCUUGCUCAAUACAAUCUUGUGCAAAUGUUUCAGGACAAACUGUGGUUGCUUCUGGUGAUUCCGCUUAUUCGGUUUGCAGUGACGCAGGGGUUACGGCUGAUAGCAAUAGUUUAAUGACUAACAGUCUUUCAUCUACCCAACUUGCUCAAUCCAGCAAAGCCUCUGAGAACGUUAUAACUUCUACAAGUGAUUGCUGGUUAGAUGUUCUUGAUGCUGAUGCGGAUAAAUUUUUUCAAAUGGAAGAUCCUCCAAUGGCUUUUGGUCCUCAGGGUGAAAAUGCUGUACAAGAUGAUGUCCCGAUGCAAGAUUCUUUGGAAUGCGGCGGGGAAAAUGUACCAAUACGGAUAGAUGCUGGAAAUUGCUCCUCCCAAGGUGCAUGGUUGGAUCAAGAAGAGCAAGAGAAGUCUUUAAAUGACCAAGCUAUCAAUUUGCCGCCAAUUGAAAAUUUAGCGAUCGAUGACUCUGGAGUAAGGAAUGUUAUUGAGGGGGAGGUAGAGGAUGGCUCAGGAUCUUGCAGUUUGUCUUGCUCCCAAAAUCUGGAUCUUGGGAUUGAAUCCUCAGAGAAAGUCUCAGAAGAGGAACCCCCAUUGCUGCUUCAAGAUUCUGAAGUUCUUUUGCUGCCAUAUAAAGAAGAUACAUUUGCUGCCAGUGAGAUGCCUGAAACAGCUCUAGGUAAUGAUCAUGAUACAGUGGAUUUUGAUGGCUUUGGAGACCUAUUUAAUGAACCUGAAGUAGCGAAUUCUAGUUUGAAGUCCUCUAAGAUUGAUAAUGCUUCCAAGGAAAAUCAAGGCUUAGGAGCUGGUUUUGGUGGAAAUGCCAGUGAGUCUGAGCCCGACGAGGUUGAUAACUCCAAUUCUCCAGUUUCAGUUGAGAGUUGUUUGUUACAUUUCACAAAACCAGAAAUUCUUCUAAAAAAGGAGCAUGCUUGGCAAUGUGAAAAUUGUUCAAAAGUUCUGCAAGAGCAAAAGAGGGAAUUAAGGAAGAAACUUCAGAAUUCUAUGUUACAGCACGUGGUUAAUAAUAAUGCUGAUACAAGCACAACAGGUAUGUCCCAUUUAUAUUGCUCACCAGGGGACUUGUCCCAACCUUCUGAGGUCGGGCAUUCUUGUAAUGGCAAUUCAGAAAGUGGAGUGCUUGAUACAUCUGUCAGCAGCGUAAUGUUAUAUGAUGGUGAAACUGAAGAUAAGAGGGCUUGUAUGCUUGAAACUGGUGAGGAAGCUGAUAGUAAUCCAGUGGCUUCCUGUUUGGCAGACCAAAACUGCGAGUUGGAAGCUCCUGCUUGUGAAUCAUCAUCCUCUCAGGAUGGCAAUUUCUCUAAUUUGAAUAACUACAGAAACUGUAACGGUUGCCAUGUUGAUGAACAGAAAUCUGAUGGAUUUUCUGAUUGUGAUGCUCGGAAGGAAGCAGUUCAGCCUGAAAAUCUGAGUUGCGAAGCAGAAAGAGAAGAUGAUCAAGAGGAAAAACAGGAGAGAGUCAAAGUGGAAAGAGAUGCAACUAAAAGAAUCCUUAUUAGCAGGGCCCCUCCAAUCCUAACGAUCCAUUUGAAGAGGUUCAGUCAAGAUGCUCGAGGUCGCUUGAGUAAAUUGAAUGGCUAUGUGCAAUUCAACCAUACUAUAGAUCUAAAACCAUUCAUGGAUCCAAGGUGCACUGCCGUCUUGAACUUGCUACUAAAAGUAGAAUUUCAUUCAUUUUUUAUUUGUUUUAGCUUCCUAUAGUUGCUGACCUGUUCCACGCUCUGAAAGAUGAUGCACGACUAAAUUUUCUUCCUUCUCAGUUUAUUUUUUUCUCCAUUAUUUCUUUUGUUUGUGUGUGUGGGGGAGGGGUUUAAAAAUUUGGAGAAGUAAACUUGUUAAAAUAAUCCUGCUCAGGUCAUUGGUAUCCAAAGACAAAGAUUGUGAUUUGAUUGCUUCAAGCUUUUUGGAGCGAGAGGAUAUAAGUGCAUUUUGAAUUCAUUUGAUAUAGUACUUAUAAGCUAAAUAAAGUGACAGCCUUUUGAUUGUUUCAUGAGCAAAGCAAUUGUAGAUAUGAAAUUACUAGACGAAAGAGCAGCAUGCAUUUGUUAAUUUCUUAUAAACGGUUAGAUGUGAAGAAAAUUCCUGCAUGGUUGAACACUUAAGUAUCAAGCAUGCUGGCACUAGGGCUAUUCUUGUUUAUCCCAAGCUGAAUUAGUUAUUAAAUUCUUGUCGAGCUGUACAUAUGAAUCUCUGUACAUUACUGAAGGGUAUGCUUUCGCAAAAUGUUUAUGUUCCCAUGGUUAUAAGGGUUUCCACUUUAAGAUUUUCGGGUGACUUGUAUCUAAAGCCUAGACAGGCUUUAGAUGUAGUAGAAUGAUUUAGGUCAGUGUAUCUUCUUGAUUACCUGCUCAGACCUGAUCUAGUUGUGAUUAUAAUUACUUGUUUUGAAGAUCUAUGAACAGACAAGAUCUGGUGCCCGUCUUCUUCACCAAUGUAUUUAAUACUUAUUCGGCUGUUCAGAUGCAUAAGAUAUCGUGAAGUCCUUGAUUGCCCUUAAUUUUAAAAGUUUUGAACUGUUUUUAUAUGUUCUCUUCUAUUACGAAGGCUUCAAGGGGUUCAUUUUUAUUCUCAAGUGAAUUCGAGAUCGUUAUUGCAAUAAUUUGUUAUUUCAUGUGCCUGCAAUACUUCAUCUUAUCUUGUUGUGUACUUUUGGUUGGUUGGUUCAUCCUCCUCUUUAAACCUGGUCCAAAGGGUUGACCAUAAGUGAAAGCCAAUCCCUGAUGAAGUGGGCUUGUUCAAAGGACCUGAGAGUUGCUGUGGUAGAGCAUAUUCUUUGUCAUUUCAGAAUAAAUGAUGGUGUACUAAAACAUUGAAAAUGAGACCAAAACAUUGACUCUUUUCCAUUCUGAUUAAUGGCUUUACCAUUAGCACAAGUCAGACAUUUUUUUUGUGGUCUAAAGGUGUUGACAUUUCAAGUUUACUGUCUCUUUUCACCAGAGCUGAGCCAAAAAUAAAAUCUGUGCAAGUUAAAAAUUGUUUAUUAUCUCAAUUUUCCAUCAUAGCGAAGGUUGUUAAACCCUAGGUAUAAAUUGGUUCUCUUGGAGUUGAGUUUUUCUACACGUUUGCGUCUGGGGUUUUGAUUGUUUUGUUGAUUUAAGCAGCUAAUGUUGUGAUCUUGAUAAGCAACAUGUUAUUGUUUUUUUAUGUUAGCUUUCGUUCCUUCAUAUUUAAGAUGCAACUAUGGCUGAAUUCUCAGCCCUUAUAAUUGUGUUUUGGGAGCAGAAAAAUAGUGUUUCAUGGUUACUGGUAUUAAGUAGUUCUGUUGUAUGAUUUUCCAGCUAACGUGUUGGUGCGGUUCCAUGAACUCAUUGCUGUUAUUAGAAUGAAGUUUCAGUAUGAUCCUGAAACUUUAUGAGCAGUUGAGGAUGAACUGGGAGUACUUGAAUUUGAUUCAUGUCCUAGUAAUAUGUUUAUUGUCUCAUUGUCUUUUAUUUUAAGUCCAAUAUCUAUGUGUCCCUCGUAGCUUUGGCUGCACCACCUGUGUUUUGAGGUAGUGAAUUCUCUCAAGAGUUGAUUUAAAUUCUGUUAUUCAUCGUGAUGGAUGUUUGUUGCAAAAACUAGAAGUAGAAUGAUGAUUUGGCAGUUGUUUCUCUUGGAUUGUAGAAUCAGAUCUCUUUUUCGGUGAAGGUAAUGGAGUCUCAUAGUGUGUCUAUUUCCUUCAAAUGCGCAUCUGACUAAUAUGUGGUUCCUUUUUAUUCCCCCUCCCCUUCUUUUUUUUUUUUUUUUUUUUUUAAGGAGAAUUAAAGUGAUUGUGGCAAGAUUUGUAUAACUUGAUAUUCACACGCAUGACAUAAUUCCUUGGACUCAAAAGCUCAUCUGUUGAACCUUCUGUCGUUCAGUGCUCAGGAGGCUCAUUAUUUGAACCAAAAUCUGUUUCUGUUUAGAAUUUGGAGCCUCAGGUCGAUAAAUAUCAUAGCUGCUAUUCAUAAAAGUAAAUCAAUUGAAUGUUGCAUUUGCUCGAACUGUUACUUUUGGAAUAUAUUGUAUCUUACGUGGCAACUUUGUGCAUUGUAUUCUAUAUAUUUGACCUUUGGUACCAGCGCUGGCAUCAAAAUUUUGAAUUGGAAAGUUAAACAUGCUACAUGGGGCAUCCAUCAAAAUUAUCAUAAAAGGUUAUUGUCCUCUCAGCCCCAUGAACUUUUUGUCCAGUCCUAUGCAAUGAAAUUAUGAUGAUGUUAUUUUGCUGUUCACUGUUGGAGAAUCUGGUAGCUAGGUUGAUUGUGUAGCAGUUAUGACCAUCCUAUAGAAACUUAAGAUGAAUUAAUGCAUUUGUAGCUAAUUCCUUAAUCUAUGCUAAAAUGAAUGUGGCGCAGUGGUCUGCUAUAAGAUUCUUGGAAGAAUACUGGGCUGAGUUUGGUAUUUGUAUAGAUUGUGAUGCAACAUUUAAAGUUGCUGAUUCUUCUUUUUACCUAAGGUUACUUGGAUAUUCUUUGGCAAAGAUCUUUGGGCUGAAUUCUUAAUGAUGGCACCAUUUUCAUUUGGUUACACUUUUCAACUAAUUGAAACUAGAUAUUUUCUGUGUAGCAAUGUAUCAAACAGUGUAAAUGGCCUCUUAAUCUUUGUCGUGUUUUUGUAUAGUUCUGUGGAGAGGGACAACAGCAAGUACCGAUUAGUUGGAUUGGUUGAGCAUUCUGGAACAAUGAGGGGUGGACACUAUGUUGCAUAUGUGAGGGGACAACGAAAGAACCCUGCCGGACCUGAGAAUGAGGGUGGAGAUUAUGUGUGGUAUCAUGCAAGUGAUGCCUACGUACGAGAGGCUUCUUUAGAUGAAGUUCUACGAGCCGAGGCUUACAUCUUGUUCUACGAGAGAAUCUGAAAUAGAUCGAUAUACUAUUUCGGUAUUCCUUUUUGUCUGUCCUUUAGUUUCUUACACCUUUGUUCUUCUUUUCUUCUUUUUCGAAUUCAAGUUUUGGUGGAAAGAAACACACCACUAGAGGGAAACACAGUAGUAGAAUGUACACAUGACAAUGAGGAAAUAUUCAUUAUUCAAUACAAAUUCUUUUUUGCCAUGCAAUGAGUUCAUCAAUG